UUUAAACACUAAUCAUAAGCCUCUCAACCCUAUCCUUCUUAGUUACAUAUUUCAAUUUUAAAAUUCCAAUUACAAUGAUUCUUCCAAACAUCAAAGUUCGUUUUUUCUUACUCUUUUGCCUUAUUGGGAUAGUGUCAGCACAGUUAUCCUCUACCUUUUAUGGCAAAACGUGUCCUAAUGCACUUUCAACCAUUAAAUCAGAAGUAGUGUCUGCUGUGAACAACGAGCGUCGUAUGGGAGCCUCGUUGCUCCGUCUUCAUUUCCAUGAUUGCUUUGUUCAAGGAUGUGAUGCAUCAGUACUAUUGGAUGACACAUCGAGUUUCAAGGGUGAGAAGACAGCAGGUCCCAACGCUGGUUCGAUUAGAGGUUUUAAUGUAAUAGACACCAUAAAGUCUAAAGUGGAGAGCUUAUGCCCUGGUGUUGUUUCUUGUGCUGAUAUCCUUGCUGUAGCAGCAAGAGACUCGGUUGUAGCUCUUGGUGGACCUACUUGGACUGUGCAAUUGGGUAGAAGAGACUCAACCACUGCAAGUUUAAGUUCUGCUAACUCAGACUUGCCUGCUCCCACUUCAAGUUUAAGUGCCCUUAUCAGUUCUUUCUCCAACAAAGGUUUUUCAUCUAAAGAACUGGUUGCUCUUUCAGGAUCGCACACAAUUGGGCAAGCUCAAUGUUCAAGUUUCAGAACAAGGAUUUACAACGACACCAACAUAGAUUCCUCUUUUGCAAAAUCAUUGCAAGGAAAUUGCCCUAGCACAGGUGGUGGCAGCACAUUGGCCCCUCUUGACACCACCAGCCCAAACACCUUCGACAAUGCUUACUUCAAGAACUUGCAGAGCAAAAAGGGUCUCUUGCACUCAGAUCAAGAGCUCUUCAACGGAGGAUCCACAGACUCUCAAGUAAAUUCCUACAGCAGUAAUCCUGCAAGUUUCAAAACUGACUUUGCCAAUGCAAUGAUUAAAAUGGGGAACCUUAGUCCACUCACUGGGUCUAGUGGCCAAAUUAGGACCAAUUGUAGGAAGACCAACUAAGAUUUUGGGCCUUCUUGUACUAAUUAAGUAUGAAACAAAGUCAAGGUUAUGGGAUAAUUUAGAUAUAUGUUGUAUGCGUUGCAGUUUAGGAGCAAAGUAAAUGCUUCCUUAAUUGUAGUAAUAAUAUAAUAUAAGAAUAUCAAUGUCAAAAUGUUUGGACUUGGUUAAUUCUGGA